UCUAGAGGCCCUGUCAUCGGAUCUGAAUGCACGAUCUUUACCUCUCAGUUCAUGUAAGCGUUGACGUCGGGCAUCUUAAAGGAGACAUGGCAGCUCUGAUGACUUCAGGACUUUGUCUUGUAGCUCUCACCGUAACGGCUGUAUGGUGUGCAGAGGUGGAGGAGCGGUUGGUGAACUACCUACUCUCCCCUGAUCGAUACAACAAGCUGAUCCGGCCAGCAGUCAACAAGAGCCAGCAGGUCACCAUUGCAAUCCAAGUGUCACUUGCCCAGCUUAUCAGCGUGAAUGAGAGGGAGCAGAUUAUGACCACAAAUUGUUGGCUCACUCAGGUAUGGCAUGAUUACCGGUUGAUGUGGGAUCCAGAGGAGUAUGAAGGAAUCAGGAAAGUUCGACUUCCCUCGCAGCAUAUAUGGCUGCCUGACAUUGUUCUUUACAACAAUGCUGACGGGACAUACGAGGUGUCUUUCUAUUCCAAUGCGGUCAUAUCAAAUAAUGGUGAGGUUGCCUGGCUGCCACCAGCUAUCUAUAGGAGUGCCUGUAAAAUUGAAGUGCGGGACUUUCCCUUCGACCAGCAAAACUGCACGCUCAAGUUCCGCUCCUGGACUUAUGACCACACAGAAAUUGACCUUAUUUUGUUGUCGGACUUUGCCAGCCGAGAUGACUUCAAGCCAAGUGGCGAGUGGGAUAUCGUCUCCUUGCCUGGACGUAAAAACGAGGACCCCAAUGACGUCACAUAUUUGGAUAUAACCUACGACUUUAUCAUCAGACGCAAACCGUUAUUCUACACCAUAAACCUGAUCAUCCCCUGUGUUCUCAUCACUUCACUGGCCAUCUUGGUGUUCUACCUACCAUCAGACUGUGGGGAGAAGAUGACUCUGUGUAUCUCCGUUCUUUUGGCCUUAACUGUGUUCCUCUUGCUGAUUUCCAAAAUCGUACCCCCGACAUCACUCGCCGUGCCCCUUAUUGGAAAGUACUUGAUGUUCUCCAUGGUGCUGGUGACUUUCUCAAUCGUCACAAGCGUUUGCGUGCUAAACGUGCACCAUCGGUCCCCAAGCACGCACACUAUGCCGAAAUGGGUCAAAUACUACUUCCUGGCCCAGUUGCCUGGCUUCCUAUUCAUGCGGCGGCCAGGAGAGGCCAACAAACGCGAGAAAUUUCGCAGGAAGCACCAGCAUGCCUCCUUAUCUGAUCCACCAGGAAAGUCAGAUGAGUCUGAUUCCACCUUCUUUGUGAAUGAAGAUUCUACCAAGCACAUUGGUUGGAGACCAAGUGAAAGCACCGAGUUUCGUAAGCGAAUGGCGGUGAAGUGCUCUGCAGAUAUGGAGGAGGCUGUGAAGGGCGUCAGAUAUAUCGCUGACAAGUUGAAGUGUGAGGAUAAUGAUGAAGGGAUAAUCGAAGACUGGAAGUAUGUGGCUAUGGUCAUCGACCGCCUGUUUCUGUGGAUCUUUGUUUUUGUGUGUGUUACUGGAACCAUUGGCCUCUUUAUGCAACCACUCUUCAAGAGCUAUAACACAGCCACCACUGAUGAUUUGUAGAGACACAGAUACAGAGCUCAAUCCAACACACAACAACAGCACAAAUUAUCCAUUUAUUUUUGCUCCACAUCUCCAAAUACCCAGUCUUAUUAAUGAGUUCAUCUGACACCCACUUAUUCAACAAUUGUAGCAAUGUGCAGAUGGUAAAACCCAACACAGAUCUUCAGACCUGAAGCAUUUUAUAUACUAGCACCAUAGUCUCCGAGCAGCAUUUUAUCCCCUCUAUGCAUAAUUCUUCCAUGCUGCUGAGUCACCAAUCAGUUGGUUGUGCUGAGAGCACAAUACUGGGCACAGUCUGAACAUUCAUAUGCCCCUAACAUUGACCCAAUGUCAAAACUGUCAUUUAUCCAUACAAUUUAGCCCUGGAGGGCUUAGCACUCUCAAACGUAAACAAGAAUGCCUCCAGGCAACAGUCGCCUUGAUUUUGUAAAAGUCUGUUAACAAAGUGGAAGAGAAGUGUUUUGUAAUUUUAUUUUUGCAAAACUUUAAAGCAAUUGUGCAUUGCACUUAAAUCAUAAUGAAAAAAAAGACAAUUCUGUCAUGAAUUACCCUUAAGUUGUUCCAAACCUGUAAACAUUUCUUUGUUUGGUUGAACACAAAGAAAGAUAUUUUGAAGAAUGUUAGCAACUGAGAUUUCUGAGGCACCAUAGUAUAAAAAUAUGGUCACAAAAUAAGAAAUUCUGAAGAGUUCAGGAAAACAAAUAGUUUAGGGCACCUUUGACUACCAUUGUAAUUUUUCCAACUAUAGUAGGGAAUGAUGUCCCAGAAAUCUCAGUUGCUAACAUUUUUUCUCAAUAUAUUUCUUUGUGUUAAACAGAACAAAUACAUUUUUACAGGUCUGGAACAACUUGGGGUUAAGUACUCAUGACAGAAUUUUCAUUUUUGGGUGAACCAUCCAUUUCAAAACAUAAUAAAUCGAUCUCACUAACGAAAGUUAUUCAGGAAAGUCAGUAGCCUUGUGUCUGGAAUAAAGAUCUUACACCUUUACACACACACUUGCAUGUUUUUUGAAACCCAUUUUCACACAACUAAUUUUUUUC